CAAUUUCCAUGACCUCUCAGAGGAGCGCUCCUCUAUAAAGCUCAAGUUUCACUGUUUUUGAUGAACCUCGAUGACAUUUGUUGAGAGUGAGGCCGUGUAGUCAAUAAGGUUUUGUCAUUUUUCUUCAGGACUUGGUAUCUUUUUUUGUGUGACUGCAGGAUGUUCCUGACUCGCUGUGUGAUGGUGUGGAGUGUGUGGACGGCCCUCAGUCUCUGCGUGCCCGUGAGGAGCGCUCUCGAGGUGAUCCAGCCCUACAGAGUGGUGAGCACGAACGGCACAGCUCAGGUCCGGUGCGUCAUCAAACCUCCAACUUUUUCCCACUUGAGCAAAGCGUCCCACAGUCUGCCCUACAACCUCCCUGACCCAGAGGAGCUCCGUGUGACUCUGCUGAAAGGUCUUCACAGCACCCAGGUGUUCUGCUGGUUCAUGCUGAACCUCACACAGCAGAGAGAGACAGUUGUGGAGAAAGAAGGACAGGUGCAGUGCUCCGCUCAGUUGGGAGAGGGCGCUGUGGAGCUGACGGUGUCAGGUCUUCAAGCCACGGACACAGAUCUGUACCGCUGUCAGAUCGAGGUGUUCUUCCCACCUCCGUACCUGCGGCUCAGGGGGAACGGCACACUCGUUCAUGUUUUAGGAAACUCAGACUGUCCUGUGCAGGAGGCUCAGAGACAGACUGCACUGCGUGAUGAAGACGAGGAGGAUGAUGGUGAGAGGUCGGCACCAGUCUGUGUUCCUGUGGUUGUUCUGGUGAUACUGGUCACAUGUGCUCUCCUCUUCAUUGUCUACCUUCAGGCUCUGCAGUGUGAACGAGGGCGGAGGGAGAUCGUCAGACCUGCGCCUGGCGUGCUCUACAAAGGAGAAGCUGCAUUUUCAUGUUAACACUUUAUGAGAACGUCAUGGCGCCAAAGCUGCUUAUUUUAUGGCUAAAAACAUGAGAAUACUAAUAGAUUAAAACGGCAGCUUACAGGAGUGUUGGGGUCAGUAUGGUGUUUACAUCAUUAUAGAAAACUACCAUCCUGGUGUUUGUGAAUAUUUAGAAUUAUUAAUGUUUACAUUCUCGUAAACAAACAUUCAUAAAAGAAACGGUGCCACUGAGGCACAGAUAUGUGAAGGCUUGUAGCUCAUACUGUGUACAAACUUCUUGUUUGAAACAAAACUGAAAAGCUUAGGGGCGCUGGUGGUCUAGUGGUUAGUGCUGCACCCCAUGUACGGAGGCUGCAGCCCUCAAACGCCUGGGUAAGAAUCUGACCUGCGUCUCCUCUCCUGCAUGUCAUUCCUCUCUCUCUCUCUCUCGCUCUCUGAUUUCCGACUCUGGUCCUUUGCACCUUUAUUAAAGUUGCCUUAAGUGA